AUGUCUUCAUCCACUUUCACACCACGACGUUCCCUUGCGCGACCUUCGAUCGGAAGCAAUAUAAAUACCGCGUCAAGCCCAAAUCUUCGUGUAAAUGUCAACGGACAUCGAGCAAACGCGCUAGGACAGUCUCUCAACCGCAAGUCAUCGCUUGGUGCGCUCAACUCCUACAGCCUGGCAUCAGUGCCAGAUGAGAGCAGAGGAUACGGAUUAAGUACAGUGCUGGAUGAGAACUCGCAGACAUCGUCGAAAACUAUGGCGCCUUUUACUCCGUCGCGCGGAGCCGAUGGCGAGGACCUAGAUGUUGGUGACACAGUCGACGUGCCGGGAAACAUGUAUGGCAUCGUUAGAUUUAUAGGAAGCGUGCAGGGCAAAAAAGGGUUGUUUGCCGGCGUGGAACUGAGCGACGAAUUCGCAAGUCGAGGCAAAAACAAUGGGGAUGUUGAAGGGGUAUCUUAUUUCCAAACAGAAGUACCUGGUGCUGGCAUCUUCCUCCCAAUCAGUAGAGCGACCCGGCGUAGCACAUCCGAAGGUUCCUUUCCACUCACGCCGUCGACUCCGUCGGCUGGCAGCAGCUUCAAGCUUGGUACCCAGGGGUCGAGGACUUUCACCCCACCGACACCAUCGUUACCACAGUUCAGUAAAUCUGUGGGACCUGGCCGAGCUCCUAGUCCCGGCUUCAAGAAAUCACGCCCAUCAUUACCACGGCCGGAAUCCCCCCUUCGAAGACCUCAAAUCGGGUCGAGACCUUCGAUCACGACUCCAACUUCAAAAGCUCCUCCUCGGUAUGCGAGCCCAGCUCCUGGCAAGUUUGGACAGAGCGUACGGGGUACCAAGGACUCGGGGGAUCCAAGCAAAAGAGUAGGCUACACACCACGGAAUGGUAUGAAGUCAAGCGUAGGCCCACGAAGCGCCUCAGCGCUCGGACAAACUCCUAUGAACCAGACUCCUAUGCUCAUAAGCGACGAUGAGACCACCCCGGUUGGUGUUGCACGCACGACUACAAACGCCAGUCUCGGGUCGAUGUCUUCCUAUACAUCCAAGAUACGGCCGGCAUCGCGAACUGCUUCUCGAGCACCGUCCCGCAUGAAUGACGAUGAAGUUGAUAGGCUGCGCUCACAGUUAGAAGAACGGGAUAGGCAACUUAGAGAACAGGCAUCAAGUCUAGCAGAGAUGGAAAGCGCCCUAGCCGAAGUUCAAUCACUGAUGGGACAAGCCGAUGGCCCAGGACGAAUCAAUGCUAAGGGUGGUUUAGAGGACAGGGACGCAACUCAGCUCAGAGCUAUACUUCGGGAGAAAAACGAGAAGAUUGCCAUGCUGACUGCCGAGUUUGACGCGCACAGAGCCGAUUUCAGAAGCACGAUCGAUACAUUGGAGCUCGCUAGCACUGAAACCGAGCGAGUAUACGAAAAACGUGUUGACGAUCUGCUCCAGGAGGUCCGCGAUUUGCGAGAUCGUACUGAGGAUGUCGAUAGUGUUGCUAGGCAGCUGAAACAGCUGGAGGAACUGGUUCAAGAAUUGGAAGAGGGCUUGGAAGAUGCGAGGAGAGGGGAGGCUGAAGCUCGGGGUGAAGUGGAGUUUCUGCGAGGUGAGGUUGAGCGUACGCGAUCUGAACUUCGCCGAGAACGUGAGAAAGCAGCUGCAGCAAUCAAUGGGCCACCAAUGAGCAUUGAAUCUGGUUCAACCUCUAAGGAAGUCGAGCAACGAGAUGAUGAGAUUCGUGGAUUGAAAGCUAUCAUUCACUCCUUGAGCAGAGACGCUGUUCCAGAUACAUCAAACCCGGAGCUCCAGAAGACACCCACACAGCGGCAUGGCAGCUCUCGGCGGGUAAGCAACGGUGACUCGAUUGAAGAAAGACUCGGCCGUGAAAAGCUCGAGCGUGAGCUCAAAGAGCUCCGGAUCAUUGUUGAAAAUAAGACCAACAGAGAGGACGAGCUGGAGCGUGAGCUGGAAAAGGUCCGCCGAGGCAGCGCCAGCAACCUGGCGAAUCAAAGAUCUAGUGCCAUGACAAUCGGCAGUACUGGCACCGUUACUCAAGACUAUGCCUCUCCUCGAGACUCGAAAUCCACUGUUGUUAGCUGGAGCCAUCGCGAGAUGCCUAGAUCUCCUGAGACUCACCGCCGAGGAAACACUCUCGAGACCAUGCCUGAGAGUGAUACAUAUUCCUCUGCUGCCGAGAGCUUUUGUGAGCUAUGUGAGACUUCAGGGCACGACAUUUUGACGUGCACGAAUAUGUUCAGCUCCAACGCUAACGGUAAAAACAAUGGCCGAGAUGUUUCUUCUCAGAAGCGGACAGGGAAGGACGUUGUGAAGGAGGGACUCAAGCUCUCGCCGCAUCCUCCUCACGAGGAAUACAAACCAGCUCCCCUUUCCCCGAUGAAAAGGCCCUCAAAUACGAGUUUGAAUGCAACCCCCAUUGCCAUCAUCCCCAACCCCAUGGAAUCUGGGCCCGUCGCUGGAAAGGAGAGUGGAGUCAUUAACAUGGACAAAUGGUGUGGCGUUUGCGAAAGAGAAGGACAUGAGAGCAUAGAUUGCCCGUUCGAAGAUGCAUUUUGA